CAAUGAGCACCAUGGACAAUCCCCUACUCAAGUACAACGCAAAAGAGUAUUUCUUUAAGGCAUCGCUCUGUCAUUUCAUUGUGGAUGAGCUCAAUGCCAAGUUGGCCAUCGAGAAGUAUGAAGAGAUGUUUCCAGCCUUCUCAGACUCCAGAGAGCUCAAACUGUUAAAGAAACUGCUAGAAGCCCACGAGGAGCAGAACAGCGAGGCGUUCACGGAGGCCGUGAAGGAGUUUGAUUCUGUGUCUCGCCUGGACCAGUGGCUGACCACGAUGUUGCUACGCAUCAAGAAAACCAUCCAGGGGGACGCUGGGGACCUGAAAUAGACACACUUAGAAGAGGGGAGAGAACAAAGGGGGGGAAUAGGGAAAGGGGCCAUUGAAGAGAGAAGGAAGAUGAGAGUGGAGGGGAUUAAAUGAUGGGACAAGAGACAGGCAUGUAUC